AUGUCCCUCCAAGACAAAGUCAUCCUCGUCACAGGCGGUUCCAAGGGCAUCGGCAAGGCCAUCGCCCUCUCCGCCGCCGCCCAAGGCGCAAAGGUCAUCGUCAACUACAGCAACGACUCCUCCGCCGCUGACGAGGUCGUGGCCCAGAUCGGCAGCGACCGCGCCGUCGCCGUGCGCGCCGACAACUCCAAGACGCCGGAGCUCCAGAAGCUCGUCGACGCCGCCGUGGAAAAGUUUGGCCGUAUCGAUGUGCUCAUCCCCAACGCCGCCAUCAUGCACAUGCGCACCGUAGAAAACACGACGGAACAGGAUUUCGACGAAAUGUUCAACACCAACGUCAAGGGUCCCUACUUUUUGGUCCAGAAAGCUCUCCCUCAUAUGCCCGAAGGAGGCCGCAUCAUCUUCCUCUCGACAACUGUGCUCGCCUCCAGCAACCUUCCUCCGCCAUACCUCCUCUACGCCUCGACCAAGGGCAGCAUCGACCAGAUGACCAAAUUCAUGGCCAAGGACCUGGCAAAGAAGGGCAUCACCGUCAACGCAAUCGCCCCAGGUGCCACCGGUACGGAACUCUUCUUCAAGGGCAAGACGCCCGAGAUGAUCAAGUAUGCCGAGGCGAGCAGCCCCUUCAACAGGCUCGGCACACCGGAAGAGAUUGCUGCCGUCGCGACUUUCUUGUCAGGCAAGGAUUCAUCAUGGGUUACCGGUCAGGUAAUCCGUGUCAAUGGAGGAACGGCGUGA